UUUUGCUGGCUCGCAGGCAGAGGUGGUGAGCAGGACCCUGGCCUGGGGUCUGAGGACAGGCUCUGCCCUUCCUGGCCGUGGCACCUGGGACAAUUUGCUCAGUCUCUUGAACCUUGGUUUCCUCACGUGUGCAAAGCAGCGUGACAAAGUGGGGAUGAGCAUGGUCUCUGGAUUCAAAUUCGGCCAUCUUGGCUGUUUGCCUGUGGGCAAGUCACUUUAGGGAGCCGAGUCUCAGUUUCUGUAUCUGCAAAAUGGGGUAGUAAUAGUAUAUUCCACGAAGCAUUGUUGUGAGGCUCGAAUAAGGUAAUCAACGCAGAACAUUUAGGACACCGCCUGGCACACAGCAUGCUCUCUAGGUGCGGCUGUUCUGUAGGUGGUGUUAAUGGGGAGGGUAUUACUCGGUGUGUGGUUUAGAUCAGGGAUGGGGAGAUCAAAGCCUGGUCGCAAUUGUUUUCCUUGUCACUAUUCGCCAGGUGAGUAUUGAAUUAGCGGUGAAGAGGAGGGUCUCCCAGGGAGUGAACGGUGUAAGCAAAGACAGGAAGCAGGAGAAAGAACACAAAAUUUAGUUUGGAUCCUUAGGAGAUAUAGGAUGUAGUUCUGCUGGGUUCUCAGCUUCCUGUGGACUCUUCGAAUCCACUAUGAAGGGCAAUUUCCUCCAGCAAAUCUUCAUGGCUUUCGUUUGCAUCUUUUCUGGAUACAGGUCUCCGAGAGGAUCUGCUCCCUGUCUCCCCAAGGAUGGGUCUCCGGGGGAUGUUCUGCUUCCCCCUGGGGCUCCUCUUUGGCUCUGUGCUUUUGGUGGCCUCAGCCCCGGCCACCCUCGAGCCUCAGGGCUGCAGCGACAAGGAGCCGCAGGUUACUGUCAGCCACACCUACAAGAUUGAUGUGCCCAAGUCCGCUCUGGUCCAGGUCGAGACUGACCCCCAGCCCCUUAGUGACGAUGGAGCCUCGCUCCUGGCCUCAGGGGAGGCCGAGGAACAGAACAUCAUCUUCAGGCACAACAUCCGCCUGCAGACGCCACAGAAGGACUGUGAGCUGGCAGGCAGCGUCCAAGCCCUCCUGGCCCGAGUGAAGAAGCUGGAGGAAGAGAUGGCAGAGGUGAAGGAGCGGUGUGAUGUUCAGCGCUGCUGCCGAGGAGUUGCCGGUGCCAACGGCCACUGCAGCGGCCACGGGACCUUCUCCCCCGAGACCUGCGGCUGCCGCUGCGAGCAGGGCUGGGAGGGCGCCGCAUGCGAGCGGCCCGCCUGCCCCGGGGCGUGCAGCGGCCACGGGCGCUGCGUGGACGGCCGCUGCGAGUGCGACGCGCCCUACGUGGGCUCCGACUGCGCCUACCCCGCCUGCCCCGAGAACUGCAGCGGCCACGGUGUGUGCGUGCGCGGUGCGUGCCGGUGCCACGAGGACUUCACGUCCGAGGACUGCAGCGAGCGCCGCUGCCCCGGCGACUGCAGCGGCCACGGCUUCUGCGACACGGGCGAGUGUUACUGCGAGGAGGGCUUCAGCGGCCCGGACUGCGCCCAGGUGGUGGCCCCUCAGGGCCUGCAGCUGCUCAAGAGCACAGAGGAUUCCCUGCUGGUGAGCUGGGAGCCGGCCAGCGAGGUGGACCACUACCUCCUCAGCUACUACCCCCUGGGAGAGGAGCUCUCUGGGAAGCAGAUCCAAGUGCCGAAGGAGCAGCACAGCUAUGAGAUCCUCGGUUUGCUGCCUGGCACCAAGUACAUGGUUACCCUGCGCAACGUGAAGAAGGAGGUUUCCAGCCGCCCACAGCAUCUGCUUGCCACCACGGAUCCGGCUGUGCUUGGCACCGCGUGGGUGACAGAGGAGACUGAGAGCUCCCUGGAUGUGGAGUGGGAGAACCCCCCGACCGAGGUGGACUACUACAAGCUUCAGUAUGGCCCUCUGACAGGGCAGGAGGUGGCUGAGGUCACCGUGCCCAGGAGCGGUGACCCCAAGAGCCGAUAUGACAUCACUGGUCUACAGCCCGGAACAGAGUAUAGGAUCACUGUCAUCCCCAUGAAAGGAGAACUGGAGGGCAAGCCGAUUCUCCUGAAUGGCCGCACAGAAAUCGAUAGCCCAACCAACGUGGUCACCGACCGAGUGACAGAAGACACAGCGGUAGUCUCCUGGACCCCAGUCCAGGCUGUCGUAGACAAGUACGUGGUGCGCUACACCUCUGCUGAUGGGGACACCAGGGACAUGGCGGUGCCCAGGGAGCAGAGCAGCACCGUCCUGACGGGCCUGAAGCCGGGAGAGGCGUACAGAGUCUACGUGUGGGCCGAGAGGGGCAGCCAGGAGAGCAAGAAGGCCGACACCAAGGCCCUCACAGACAUUGACAGCCCCCAAAACCUGGUGACCGACCGGGUGACGGAGAACACGGCCACCGUCUCCUGGGACCCGGUGCAGGCCGUCAUCGACAGGUACAUGGUGCGCUACACGUCUGCCGAUGGAGACACCGGGGAGGUGCCGGUGGGGAAGGAGCAGAGCAGCGCCGUGCUGACAGGCCUGAGGCCGGGCGUGGAGUACACGGUCCAGGUGUGGGCCCAGAAGGGGACCCGAGAGGGCAAGAAGGCCGACACCACGGCCCCGACAGACAUUGACAGCCCAACAAACCUGGUGACCAACCGGGUGACAGAGAACACGGCCACCGUCUCCUGGGACCCAGUGCACGCCGUCAUCGACAGGUACAUGGUGCGCUACACGUCCGCCGAUGGAGACACCGGGGAGGUGCCGGUGGGGAAGGAGCAGAGCAGCACCGUGCUGAUGGGCCUGAGGCCAGGCGUGGAGUACACGGUCCAGGUGUGGGCCCAGAAGGGGGCCCGGGAGAGCAAGAAAGCCAACACGACGGCCCCAACAGACAUUGACAGCCCCCAAAACCUGGUGACCGACCGGGUGACAGAGAACACGGCCACCGUCUCCUGGGACCCGGUGCAGGCCGUCAUCGACAGGUACAUGGUGCGCUACACGUCUGCCGAUGGAGACACCGGGGAGGUGCCGGUGGGGAAGGAGCAGAGCAGCGCCGUGCUGACGGGCCUGAGGCCGGGCGUGGAGUACACGGUCCAGGUGUGGGCCCAGAAGGGGGCCCGGGAGAGCAAGAAGGCAGAUACCAUGGCCCCGACAGACAUUGACAGCCCCCAAAACCUGGUGACCGACCGGGUGACGGAGAACACGGCCACCGUCUCCUGGGACCCGGUGCAGGCCGUCAUCGACAGGUACAUGGUGCGCUACACGUCUGCCGAUGGAGACACCGGGGAGGUGCCGGUGGGGAAGGAGCAGAGCAGCGCCGUGCUGACGGGCCUGAGGCCGGGCGUGGAGUACACGGUCCAGGUGUGGGCCCAGAAGGGGGCCCGGGAGAGCAAGAAGGCGGACACCAUGGCCCCGACAGACAUCGACAGCCCCCAAAACCUGGUGACCAACCGGGUGACAGAGAACACGGCCACCGUCUCCUGGGACCCGGUGCAGGCCGUCAUCGACAGGUACAUGGUGCGCUACACGUCUGCCGAUGGAGACACCGGGGAGGUGCCGGUGGGGAAGGAGCAGAGCAGCGCCGUGCUGAUGGGCCUGAGGCCGGGCGUGGAGUACACGGUCCUGGUGUGGGCCCAGAAGGGGGCCCGGGAGAGCAAGAAGGCGGACACCACGGCCCCCACAGACAUUGACAGCCCCCAAAACCUGGUGACCGACCGGGUGACAGAGAACACGGCCACCGUCUCCUGGGACCCGGUGCAGGCCGUCAUCGACAGGUACAUGGUGCGCUACACGUCUGCCGAUGGAGACACCGGGGAGGUGCCGGUGGGGAAGGAGCAGAGCAGCGCCGUGCUGACGGGCCUGAGGCCGGGCGUGGAGUACACGGUCCAGGUGUGGGCCCAGAAGGGGGCCCGGGAGAGCAAGAAGGCGGAUACCACGGCCCUGACAGACAUCGACCCUCCCAAAAACCUUCGUCCAUCUGCUGUUACACAGUCCGGGGGGGUGUUGACCUGGACGCCCCCCUCUGCUCAGAUCGAUGGCUACAUUCUGACCUACCAACUCCCAGAUGGCACCGUUAAGGAGGUACAGCUUGGAAGAGGAAACGAGAGACUUGAGUUGCAAGGCCUUGAGCAGGGCAUCGCCUACCCAGUCUCCUUGGUUGCCUUUAAGGGUGAUCGCCGGAGCAGGAGUGUAUCUACCACCCUUUCCACAGUUGGUGCCCGUUUUCCACAUCCUUCCGACUGCAGUCAAGUUCAGCAGAACAGCAAUGUCGCCAGCGGUCUAUAUACCAUCUACCUGCAUGGUGAUGCCAGCCGGCCCCUGCAGGUGUACUGUGAUAUGGACACGGACGGAGGUGGCUGGAUUGUCUUCCAAAGGCGCAACACUGGACAGCUGGAUUUCUUCAAGCGCUGGCGGACCUACGUGGAAGGCUUUGGGGACCCCAUGAAGGAGUUCUGGCUUGGACUCGACCAGCUGCACAACCUCACCACUGGCACUGCCACCCGGUAUGAGGUGAGAGUGGACCUACAGACAGCCAACGAGUCCGCCUAUGCCGUGUAUGAUUUCUUCCAGGUGGCCUCCAGCAAGGAGCGGUACAAGCUCUCAGUCGGGAAAUACAGAGGCACGGCCGGGGAUGCUCUUACUUACCACAACGGAUGGAAGUUUACAACUUUUGACAGAGACAACGAUAUUGCCCUCAGCAACUGUGCCCUGACACAUCAUGGUGGCUGGUGGUAUAAGAACUGCCACUUGGCCAACCCCAACGGCAGAUAUGGGGAGACCAAACACAGUGAGGGGGUGAACUGGGAGCCAUGGAAAGGACAUGAAUUCUCCAUUCCUUAUGUGGAGUUGAAAAUCCGCCCUCAUGGCUACAGUGGAGAGCACGUCCUGGACAGAAAGAAGCGGACACUAGGAGAAAAUUCGAGAAUGUUCUGAUGGCCUAUUUGAACAGUCAUCACACGAGACAAGACCAGCCCAGGGUUGGGGCUAUGUAGGCUUGGGGCAAGGUGGGUAGUGGUGACUGGUUAAUGGAAGUUUGAGGGAUACUCCUGGCCUCUGGUUUCUGAGAUGGCUGGGUAACCUCCAGGACAAAGUGUGUGACCAAACUUCAGACCACACAGGUCUCUGUCACCUGCAUUUCUGCCCAUCUGUAUUGGGGACCUGCAAAUGAACACAAUAGUAUAUAUGAGAAAGAACACCGGACUGCAAGUUUGUCAGUCUGUCUUCAGUAGCAAAUAUAUGGGAUUGGGGAGUAGGGGGAAGGGAAAAGAAUCAUCUAGCACUUCACCAGUUGGUGUGUGUAGUGUGUGUGUGUGUGUGUGUGUGUGUGUGUGUGUGUGUGUAUCUUUUCUCUAGAAAGCUGUAUCAAGGAGGGGUUCUAUUUGAUGACCAAGGAGCUUAACGUAGUCUGAUGCUUGUUACCUCCCAUGACCACUGGGAUUUGAGGAAAAAGGUAUAAAUCUUCACCUGUUUAAAAAAUGCUAGAUCAGGAGAAAGAACAAAGGGACCAAGACUGAUUCACAUCGAGCUAAGUUGUGACCAGUAUCCAGCAGGCUGGGAACCAAGCUUCCAUGUUACCCCCCUUUUCAAGUUCCCCCUUCCCACAUAUUUGCAUAAUCACUUUCAGAGAUCUGCAUAUGUUGUGAAUAAAUUCUCACUCGUUUCAGCUUUAAAUAACUGGACUCUUUGGUGAUUGGUCCCUCCCAAAGACUCUUCAGUGACUCUCUUUCAUGCCCUCAAGUCUUCAGCCCUGCCCCUUUCCUUGGGCCCCCACACUGUUGGGCCUGUAGGUGUUCUGAAGGUGCCCAGCAGAAGCUUCUUGUUUGCUCAGGCACUUGACAGGUCGGGUCCUUUGGGUUUACUUUCCUACCCCUUUGGAAAGUUUCUCUGUAGCGAAGUCAGUGAUCAUUAUUAAAAGUAACUUACAUUCUGAGUCAAGAAAAAAAACAACACCUGGUUUUUAAAAAAUUUGCCUUGUGUUAUUUAACUCACAUCAGUGCGCUUGAAUUCUAAAUUCGACCCAAGUGCAUGUGAAGGUACAACUUGUGCAUCACCACGGAAUGCGGUCGGCCUGCCGUUUCAUACUUGCGAGACGGCGAAUCGUGGUAUUUGGAACCUGGAGAGAUGAGAUGAGUGGGAGCGGAGGCAUGUGCCCUAAAAGCUUCAGCGCCGCCCCAGGCCCGGGGAGUUGUUCACUGCCUCAGGUUGUCCAGGGUUUAACCUCCGGCCGAAGGCCAAGCUGUAUGCCCCAAACGGGUUAUGUCCCCCUUGUAGGCUUUCAGCACUGCCCGCGCCCCCCCAUACGCACAAUGCCGCAGUGCUGCUAGAUCUGGUGAGGGCGGUCUAAACAGGAAUUCGGUGAGAGUGUGUGUCUGCCUGCUUCUCGCCAGGGUGUGUGCUGUGCCCUGGGCGGGAGGGGGACACAGGUGAGACACAGAGGUGAGCAAGCCAGACGGCGUGUGGACUGUCAUUCAUUCGUUCACUCUCAUUGGUUCCACAAAAGCUGACGGAGCCCCGUUACGAACCAGCUUCUGCUGUAAGUACUGGUGCCGCGGAAGCGAAGAAACCGCACUAGUCCCGCCCUCACCUUGGCGAUUCAGGAGCCUGGCGCUCAACCCAGUGGACGCAGUGGACCGAACCUCGGGGUGACUCAGAGCUGGGGCUGGUGCGUGGCGGGCAAAAAUUCCCCACGUGGGUUGGUGAAUGCUUGGUAAACGUGCUGGGUAGAGCGCAGGUUGCUGGGCCUCAUCCUUAGGUCUUGUGACUCAGUAGGUCUGGGCUGGGGCUGCCGCCAGAUUGACCACUCUUGGAGUAAGCUCUGGCGUAGGGGUCGCCUGCUGCUGGUCUCUCUGCUCUGGACGUGUGAUGCCCCCCCCCCCCAACCUCUGUGUCCCCUGACCGCAGCAUUUCUCCACCACUGGCCAAGAUGAGGACUUGCCGGGACCUGGAAACUGCCGUGGGAGCCGUGCUGCCCGGAGGACUGGCAGGGGAAACCUCAGCUGACCCUUAAGGGUUCUCCAUGGGGCAGAGAAGAAGUUGGGAUGAGCUCAUUUUUAAAGGCUGUUCAUCUGACCGAGGAGAACGUUCUAGCCCUAAAUGUCUGUGCCUGGCCUCACUGGAAUGAGACCAGCUCUGGCAGCCCCCGCCCCUGGGAAUGGGUUCCUGCACAAACCUGCUCUGCAGAGGCCAUUUUCCU